UUUUUAUCAUAGAGACAUAAGUAAUAUAUCAAAUGAAACUAUAGAAUGUCUUCUUUUUUUUGUGUACACUCACAAUCAAAAUAAAACUUUGUGCUUUUUAAAAAUAAAUAAAAUAUACAGGGUGUGCUGUCCUGCCAUCUCCGUCUCUGCAAACAUCAUUCUAAAACGUCACUAAAAGUAACUAAAAUAGACGGCUUAUACAUGCUACAUGGACAUGAGAGAUAUGUCUUUGCAAAGCUUUAAGUGUCUACUUUUAAACGAAACAAAUAAAUUCUAAAAAAAAUAUUCUCCCUUUAUGUAAUCAGUAUAAAAGUAAAGAGAGGUACUGUUUCUCCUGUCUUACCUAAUUAUCUUUAAUGUGUGCCCGCCCACGCGCAGAGCGCUCUAUUCAUAAGAUAAUAAGCUGAGGCGAUCUAUGCAAACUGUAAACGCCCCUAACAGCGUCUUAAAAAGCAUCAAGUUUCAUCAGAUUCAUUCGCUUUCCUGCGCGUUUGGAAGAUGGCACGCUACUCAGGUGAGCAGGCUCUUCAGAUGGUCCUGGACAGUGAGGAAGAGUUCACUUUUUCCUCGGAAGAAGAACACGACUCUGACGAUGAACGUCUGUAUUUUGAAGAGCGACUUGAUCCAGCUGAAGAUACAGUUUCUGAUGAAAAUGUGGAUCCAUCACUCUCGCAUUCACCUGCAAUUCUCACUAAGAGGGCACGCAGCAACACAGGCGAUAAUGAGAAAGAAAAUGUGGAUCCAUCACUCUCGCAUUCACCUGCAAUUCUCACUAAGAGGGCACGCAGCAACACAGGCGAUAAUGAGAAAGACUAUAGCCCUAAUGAGAGUGCUCCAAAACCCCUUGCAAAAAAGGCCAAGAAAAACAUUCAGACAAGCAACAGGCAUUCAGCUCUGUCAUGGAAAACAGAUAAUGACACUGACAUGGUUCCACAGACUCUGAGAUUCCUACCUGCACGGGAACCUGGACCACAGCUGCGUCCUGCUGAUGAACACACUCCUAAGAGUCUCUUCAAAAUGUUCAAAAUGCAAGGAAUAAUGCCACCGCUGGUCGUCGGAACUGCAUGCUUUGCAAAGUACAGCUUGGUAAAAGGCAAGACACACCUUGGAAAUGCCAGGCAUGUGACAUUUACUUGUGUCUUCAGUUGAAAAGCAACUGUUUUCAAAAAUGGCACACAGAUGUGUGACUGUUCAGAUUCUCUGUUCACCACCUCUCACUGACCAUUGGGCUGCAAAGAUUAUCUAUAUGUGAUCAAGCAGGUUAUGUAUAGGGUGUAAAAGUGGGCUUUUUUUAUAAACCUUACCUUUAUUUGCCUGUAUACACAAAAUGUGCCUUUGACCCUAGUUUAUAUGUGGAUUAUAUUGUUAACUUUAUUUUAAAUAAAAAAGAAAAAAACAAUGAUAUGUCUUGUCUUUGCAUUUUCUUAGUUGACUCAGUCACAUUCCUGACUGAAUGGCUCAUUAUGCGGCUCAUUAGGGGCAGGGUCUUAAUCUCCCCAGGUGUAAAUCACUUCAUUAUUCAUGAAGAGUCACACCUCUUCGCAUAUGGCCUACCUCAACAAAAAGUGUCUUAGAAAUUUAAAAUCAAUACAAUGUUUUAUGUGUCAGAGUAGGGAGGAUCAUUUCCACAUCAUUUUGAAGCAAAAACUCUACACUAAAAUAUACAAUUCUCA